AUGGAUUCAUUUGCAGUGGUGUCUACGGCUAUGUCUCCAAACGAUAGGUUUUAUGUGGUGUUUAUAAUAUUACUACUUCAUGGCAUCGGUACGUUAUUGCCCUGGAAUAUGCUUAUUAAUGCUGACAGUUAUUUCGUUGAUUACAAACUGAAUGUCAACGAAACGACGCAAACUCUGGACAACUAUAAGACAAACUUUUUGUCAUAUCUGGGAAUUGCAUCCAAAGCGCCCAAUAUUUUACUACAGAUUAUCAAUAUGUUUGCCAAUACAGCGUAA